GGGGCGGAGCUCAGCGGCGCGUGCGUGUCGGAGAUUUGUGACCUACACUCGAUUUGGAUCCCAGCGUUUGAUCUGUAGCACGCGCGCACUGGCGGUGGUUGUGACUGAUGUGAUUGAUUGAUGAUUAAACCGGAAGACGCGGUGGGUGACACGGUCCGGAGCGCGCGCCCCUGAGCACCCAUUGGACUCCAUGUCUGAGAGACUGAACACAAAGUGAAGGAUGCUGUCAAUGUCAAACUGGAUCAAACCAUUCCUGAUCACGGGGGAGACAACAAUACAACUCUUCCACAGCAGCUCUUCCCCUCGUGUUCAAAAAAUGUGUGAGUGAUGGAGUCUCUCCUGAGGGAACAGUUUGGUUUUAAAGGAGGCAGUGACUCUCUGAGAGAGGAGGUCUGUGGGAUGAUUAGAUGGCCGCCGUCGUCUCUGUCUGUGGAUAUUAAUCAGUUUGCUGCUGCGUAUCAUGAGAUCAGACUGCGUCUGACCGGCCUGGAGCGAGAGAACAGCAGCAUCAGGAGGAAGCUGAAGAACUACGAGAUGAAGUUCCCCAUGAUCAGUGUGUGUGAGGACGAGAGGAGUGUGUGCUGCUCCUGUGAAUCCGAGAAGGUCGAACUGAUCCAGACUGAAAACAGCAACCUUCAGCAGAGGAUCAACAACCUCAUGCAGGAGCUCCAGAGCAGUAAAGUUCACGAGCAGCGUCUGCAGGAGGUGAUUAAAGCGUACGAGAAAAUUCAUCUGGAGAAGAGCAGCGUUCAGAAGGAGCUGGAUAACAUGACGACUCUGGCCGAGCAGCAUGUGGAGAGGAUCAGGAAGCUGGAGACUUCACUGGGUCAGAGAGAGAUCCUCCUGCAGAAGAAGAAAGCGAGAGAAACUUCACAUCAGCGUAAUAAAGACACUCGUUACCUGCAUCUGUACACCAGCCUGGACACGCCCUGCGCGUUGGAGUGUUCCGGACCGAGUCUGCAGAGCUCACGCAGUCUGGACACACUCACUGACCUGAAGGUCCAGCGUCUGGAGGCGGAGCUUGAGGGGGUGUGGCACGAGGCCAGAGGGGCGUGUCAGCGGGAGGCGGAGCUUAAGGCAGAGCUGCAGCGUCUACAGGAAGAGAUCAGACAGGAGAAGGAACAACAGGAGCUGGAUGUGGAGUGUGAACACUGCAGUGUGGAGUGGAUUAAAAAGGCAGGAGAUGAGCAGGUGAACCUGGCGCUAGCCUACACGGAGCUGGUGGAGGAACUGAGCCGAAUCCGCAGCCUCAUUGCUGAACAGAACCGAAUCCUGAGACAGAACCGCGGCUCUCCGGACCAGAACAGUCCCGUAUUGAGGCAUGGCCCCGCCUCCCCUCCCUCUGACCCCGCCCCUCCACCCCCUCACACGAUGAGGUCACACUUCCAGGGUCGCCGUAGUUACUCGGACAUGGCGGACCCCACCGUCUCUCCGCACGUCGUCCACAAUCCUAUUUCCACACUUCCAAAGCGCAGAACCACAAGCCACGCCCACCUCAGGCCAAUAUCCACUGGGCCCCGCCCAUCCUCUGCCCACGGAGCUCUGGAGCUCAGCUUCCAGCUGCCUGACUCCACCCCUGCUCCACUGGCCACACCCCCUCAGUCCUCAGAGGAUGAAGAUGAUGAGUGGGCGGGGCUCAGGAUAAUGACGCCCCCUCACUCACACCCCCGCAGUGAGCACGCUCAGUCCUGGCCGUCAAUCAGAUUGUGGAUGGAUGAGGAGGAGAGCGACACUCGGAGUUGUCCCCUCUGUCAGCUCUCGUUCCCCACCGGUUUCCCUGAUGAUGCUCUGAUCACACACAUCGACACUCACCUGGAAAACAGCAAAAUAUAACACACACGCACACACGCGCGCACACACACACACGCACACACACACACACACACACACACACACACUCCUGAUUAAUCUAAUCCUGUUUAUAUGCUACAACACUGUGAACUUUCCACACACUCCGCGAGUCAGAGUAAUGACGCAGUCGUGCUACACUACAGGGCUUCAGUGGAAUAAAAGAUCAGUCCAGUUCGUCCCACGUGACUGUGUUUAAUGUUAGAAAUUCACUCGAGUUUACAUUUGUUAUUUUUUAAGAGCCUAUCAUUCAUCAGUCCAGUAAAUAGUCCAGUAUCGUGCGUUCUGAUUGGCUGAGAGCAGUGAGGCUCAUCACAGCAUCAGGUGACGUCAGCGAUCGUAUCGUUUUAAACACACUGCAGAAAAACUGUGAUUUACAACAUCCACGUGUAACGGAUCCGCUGAUCUCUUUAUCUCAGGCUUCUGUUUACAUUUGUUUCCGGCCCAGAAAUGAGCUCCGCCCCACGUCAAGCAGAGCCACUUAGCUCCACCCAUUUUCUUUCAACAGGGAUGAAUAAUCCCAACAGAAGGGCUUUGGAAACUUUUCGUUGCAGUUCCCUUUACAGCCAGUAGAGGACUCUAACCCUUACACGCCGCUGCUGUGAGUGUAAUGAGAACAGGCAGGUCAGGAUUGGUGGCUUUACGUCACACUACACACGUAACUACACACUGCAUUAUCCACUCAGUCAUCAUUAUAAAAAACAACCAAUCAAAAGUGUGUGAAAAUUCUCUGCCUUCUGAAUAAACGUCUUCUCUAAUUAAUUUGUGUAAAUGUAAGUGAGCGCUACAGAGGAUCUGACUCGGGAUUGCUCAGUUACAGUGAAGUACAGUAUGUUUGUGGUUCAGUCUGCAGAAAUACUUUGUUGUGUGUGCAUUUGGACCACGGCCCACCAAGUACUGACCCCUGAUUUAGGGCAUUAAAAGCUUGUCUGGUGAGUUCAUGCCACUAUUCGGAGGCGGAUUUCUAUCUCUGUGCGACACAGUGGUGUCAUGUUGUCAUGAGCUGUUUCUCAAAUCUUACACUAUCUUUUACGAUAACUAAAUCAGUAGGUUUUAAAAAAUUCCUAAUGGUAAGUAAAUAACCCGGUAGCUCCAGAGUGUCUGAACAGAGAACUGUUUGCCCCAUCAUCUGUCAUGAGUUUGAAUCCAUGAGGUCAUGAGGUGACAGAGGAGAGGUGGCUUGUGGGUGGGAAAUGACCAAACUGUGAUGUGUAGAGUGAUUCUGGUGCUGAUUUGCGGGUUGGUGCUGACUCGUUAUUCCUGUGAGAGGAGGGUUCUGUCGCACCGAUGUCAAUGAUCUUAAACAGUCACGUGUCACUGUUUCACAGUGUAAACAAGGACAUAUCCUGACUCUCCUCACUCACCAUUCUCCUGCAACGUUCAUCGUCAUAGUACUGAGAGCCCCAGCACAGAGCUAGUGGAAAUGCUGGAGUAGACGCUGGAGUAGACGCUGGAGUAGACGCUGGAGUAGACGCUGGAGUAGACGCUGGAGUAGACGCUGGAGUAGACGCUGGAGUAAACGCUGGAGUAGACGCUGGAGUAGACGCUGGACCCAGUGACGAGCGUGACGAUGUUAGCGUGAAAGGUGAAGCUUUGGAAGCUGAUCUGUUUGUAUUGUGUGUGUGUGUGUGUGUGUGUGUGUGAGAGAGUGUGCUACACUCUCUCUUUACAUUAAAUGAACAUUGUUUGAUUAUGAACCAAUAACACUCUUAUUAACCCUUAUUAACAGUCUUAAUACAAAUAUUUCUGAUGAACUGGGGUUGUGUGUAAAUGUAAGGCUUAAUGUUGACAUUUGCUCUGUGUUACGUGUGAUUUCUCUUUAGUUUUGUCUGCGUUGUUAACGAGGGAUUGCGCUCAGCGUGUUCUAUUCUAGUUUCCUUAUUAAUAAUCGUAUUAAAUGAAAUAUUAGUCGUACGGUGGACUUUAGGAGCUGCACACUCAAAUAAAUAAAUAAAGAGAUCAGAAUCAUCAUCUUGUGGAUAAAUGUUGUAUUGUGUGUGUUUUAAGCCUGUUAAUGAACUUAUAAGAUGCUUUAAAUCUUUUGGGUUUUUUUUCUAGCGGUCCAUUAGUAAGUGUGUGUACAUGCACGUGUUGCUGUCGAUGUAUUGAAACCCCACACAGGAAGGGCUCGCGUCAAACUGCUGACUGUUUCAAUUCUGAAAUGCAAAUAAUAUUGAAAUAUUUCUGCUCUUACCUCUGUCAGGAAAAAACCAUGCUUCCACUAACGAUUAUAAUAAAGGCUGAAUUAAUUCUA